AUACACACGCAAGAAAGAACAAACAUGGGGAAACAAAUUCCUCUUAUGCUAUGUCUCUUCCUCUUCAUCUUCUCAAUCUCAUCAUCUCUCCAAGAAACCGAAGCUCGAAAACAUUCCAUUAAACCGGCGCCAAUCACGAGACUAGUCUCAAGAUCUCUCUACGACUCAAUCUUCAUCCACAAGGAAAACAACGCAUGCCCUGCGAAAGGUUUCUACACCUACGAAGCAUUCGUGGAGGCUACAAGGCGCUUCCCGAGGUUCGGGAGCGUGGGAACUAGCACGACAAGGCGGCGUGAAGUGGCUGCGUUCUUGGCGCAGAUAUCUCACGAGACGACAGGCGGUUGGGCCACGGCACCGGACGGACCGUACGCGUGGGGGCUGUGUUUUAAAGAGGAAGUGAGUCCACAGAGUAAUUAUUGUGAUGCUUCUAAUAAGGACUGGCCUUGUGUCCUUGGCAAGAAUUACAAUUACGGUCAGGCGGGUCGAGCUCUGGAUUUCGACGGUUUAGGAAACCCAGACAUUGUUGCCAACAACUCCGUUUUAGCUUUCAAGACAGCUCUCUGGUUUUGGAUGACCGAACAGGCUCCCAAACCGUCGUGCCAUGACGUCAUGACCAGCCGUUACAGACCAACGAGAGCAGAUAAAGCAGCGAACCGGACUGUUGGUUUCGGUUUAACCACCAACAUCAUAAACGGCGGGUUAGAAUGUGGGAUUCCAGGAGAUGGACGGGUCAAUGACCGGGUCGGGUAUUUCCAAAGAUACGCUCAGUUGUUUAAUGUCAACACAGGACCUUACUUAGACUGCGAGAACCAAAGGCCCUUCUCUUAG